AUGCAGCUAAAAUAUUUAAAAUCUAUUUUAAAUGCACAGGACCACGAAAAUCGCAUAGCAGCUUUGGCAUGGUCGCCCAAUAAUGUAAAGCUCGCUGUUGGGACUUCCGACCGAACAAUUCUUUUAUUCGAUGAAAAUGGAGAAAGACGGGACAAAUUUUCGACCAAACCAAGCCAACCUGAAAAUGGUAAACGAUCAUAUAUCAUCAAAUCCUUGGCCUUUGGACCGGACUCAACAAAACUUGCAGUGGCACAAUCUGAUAGUAUUGUCUUUGUGUACAAAAUUGGCGACAAUUGGGGUGAUAAGAAGGCAAUUUGUAAUAAAUUUGCACAAGGUUCUGCUGUCACCUGCGCUAUAUGGUUGCUCUCAGGGGCUUUAAUCUGCGGACUGGCAGAUGGCAAAAUCCGUCUACUAAAUCUAAAAACUAACAAAUCUCAAACGCUUUACACUACUGAUAGCUUUGCCGUUUCAUUGGCGAGUAAUAAUCAAGGAACAGGAUUUCUUUCUGGUCAUGCAGAUGGCACAAUAGUAAGAUUUUUCACCAGCGAUGGUCAUUCGGAGCAACAAGGACGUGUGCUGGUGCAUUCAGUGGCGCCAUAUGCACUUGCAUGGUUACAAGGGCAGAUACUUGUUGGAGGAUGUGAUCGCCGAGUUUGCAUAUAUGAUGCCCAAGGCAAAAUUACUAAACAGUUUGAUUAUACAAGGGACGAUAAUGAAAGAGAAUUUACAGUCGCGUGUUGUAGUCCAAGUGGGCAGGCUGUAGCAGUUGGCAGCUUCGAUCGGAUUCGAAUUUAUGACUGGAAUUCACGAAAGACAACUUGGGAAGAAGGUCCGCCACGUGACAUUCCAAAUUUUUACACCGUAACUGCUAUGGCUUGGAAACGGGAUGGUUCUCGGGUUGUUUUAGGCUCUCUUUGCGGAGCUGUUGAAGUUUUCGAGUCUGUUUUGCGGAGGACUUUGUGGAAAGACAAAUAUGAAUUAACCUAUGUUGGACCAAAUCAAGUGCUGGUCAAAACCCAAGGAAAUAACGAUUCGGCUGUGAAUAUGAUCGUACGUUCCAAAUUUGGUCGUGAAAUUGAUGAUGUUCGAGUUAUGGGCAGAGACAAUUAUUUAGUCGCACGAACGGAUGAUACUUUGAUAUUAGCAGAUUUGACUAGAAGUCUAAUUAGCGAAAUACAUUGGACAAAUUCAGGACACAAUGAGCGCUUUUUCUUUGAUUAUGCGAAUGUAUGCCUCAUAUUUAACGCCGGCGAAUUGUCACUAGUUGAAUAUGGAGAAAACAUAAUACUUGGAUCGGUUCGUACAGAAUUUAUGAAUCCUCAUGUUAUUUCGGUUCGUCUGAACGAACGAUCUCAAGAUGUAAAUUGCAAGAAAUUAGCGUACUUGCUGGAUCUCAAAACUAUUUGUGUCGUUGAUUUGAUUCCACAAACGGUCGUCAUUGCACAAAUAUCUCAUGAUUCAAAAAUUGACUGGUUGGAAUUGAGUGAAACUGCCCAUAAACUUCUUUUCAGAGACAAAAAGCAGCGGCUUAUGCUAAUUGACGUCGCGAGUGGUCACAAAGAAACAAUAUUGAGCGGAGUAGCAUUUGUGCAAUGGGUUCCUGGAAGUGAUGUUGCUGUGGCUCAAUCUGGGAAUAAUAUGGCAGUUUGGUACAAUAUUGAUCUACCAGAACACGUAUCAAUUGUUCCUAUUAGAGGAGAACUCUACGAUGUUAAUAGAGAAGCCGGAAAGACGGAAGCUUUGGCGCAAGAUGGACCAAGUUCUAUUUCAUACCCAUUAGACGAAGGCUUAGUAGAAUUUGGCACCGCGGUACACGACAACGAUUUUGGUCGUGCCAUAUUUUUCUUGGAAGAAUUAGGUGACAAACCUGAAGCUGAAGCCAUGUGGCAUAACUUGGCAAAUAUUGCUUUAUCAAUCAAUAAUUUAAAGGUGGCCGAAAGAUCAUUUGCUGCAUUGGGCGAUGCAUCGAAGGCUUUUUACUUACAAGAAACAAUCAAAAUUGCUGACGAUUACGAAAAGGAACAUUCCGUUGAUGGAAUGCAAUGCCCAGAAGUAUGGGCUCGAAUGGCAAUGCUUUCUGGAGAUCUCAAAACUGCAGAAGGAAUAUACUUAGAGCAAGGAGAUAUUGAAUCUGCACUGAAAAUGUACCAAAAACUUCAUAUGUGGGAUGAAGUAAUAACGUUAGCUGAACGAAGAAAUUAUCAUAAUUUAAAAGAUCUCAAACAAAAGCAAAUGUCUUUUCUAUUAGAAACAGGUCAAGAAGAAAAGGCUGGUGAAGUUUUUGAGAAGCAGGGUGAUUUAGAAGAAGCGCUGAAAAUGUACCUAAAGGCAAAUCGUCCGGCAAGAGCUUCACGAUUGGCAAUGCAACACGUCGAAUUACUGCAGCAAGGAGAUAUGAUUGAAGAUAUCGAUGCAUCUUUAAUCAAAAAUGAAAUGUUUGAACUUGCUGGUGAUUUAUCCUUGCAAAGAAAGAACAGUUCUAAAGCUAUACAAUAUUAUACUCGAGGUGGUAAUUUCUCGAAAGCUCUGGAGCUAUCAAGAAAGGUUAAUCCUGAUAUGGUAACAAGUUUGGAGGAGCAAUGGGGCGAUUGGCUAACAUCUAAAAGACAAUUUGACGCGGCCAUCAACCAUUACAUCGAAGCGGGUUGCACCAUUAAAGCUCUGGAUGCGGCAGUUGGUGCUAAACAAUGGAGGAAAGCAAUACAAAUUGCACAGGUAGUGGGCGAUGUCGAAGCUCUUAAACAGCAUAGCACACUUUUAUCCCAGCAAAUGAUUGAUCUUGAAGAAUUUGAGUUAGCUGAGGAAUUACUUGUUCGAGUUGGCGAUAUUAAGCAAGCCGUCACUUUAUUAAAUAAAGCCGGUCAAUGGCAGAGAGGUUAUGAACUAGCAUCCAGUUACUUAGAUUCAGAAGAAGUCACUAAAAUGUAUACCGAACAAGCGCAAGAGUUUGAAGCUUCAAAUAAAUUACGAGAGGCAGAACAAGUUUUACUUGCAAUCAACGAACCAGAUCUCGCAAUUGCAAUGUAUAAACGAUUGGAAUUGUUUGAUCAUAUGAUUCGCCUGGUGGAAAAAUAUCACAAGGACUUGCUGGGUAGCACACAUUUACACCUUGCACGUCAGUUAGAAUCUUCUGGCCGUCUACGACAAGCGGAACAACAUUUCUUGGCGGCUGGAGAUUGGCGCGCCGCCGUCAACGCGUACCGCACUGCCAACAAAUGGGAAGACGCACAUCGCACUGCCAAGCAAUAUGGUGGAGAACUUUCUGCAAAUCAAGUUGCUUUUCUUUGGGCCAGAUCAUUGCAUUUGGACUCUGCAGUGCGUUUGCUGAAUAGAAUGAAUCUGUUGGAUCAAUGUAUAACAUACGCUUGUGAUUCUGAUCAAUUUGACUUUGCAAUCAGCUUGUGCAAAGCUGGUAAUAGACCAGCAGGAGAUGUACACCUAAAGCUUGCUAUGGCUCUUGAAGAUGACGGCAAGUUUGAACAAGCAGAAGCAGAGUUUAUACUUGCAGAAAAACCGAAAGAAGCCAUUAUGAUGUACACCCACAAUAGCGAUUGGUUCAACGCUCUGAGAGUAGCCAAAGCACAUGCCCCAGAAAGUGUUACCGAAGUACUACUUAUGCAGGCCAUGGAAUCGUUUGAAGAGAAAAGAUUUUCAGAAUUUGAAGCACUGCUCAUACGAGCUGAACAACCAGAGCUUAUAAUUAAGAGAUACCGAGAUGCAAAUAUGUGGGCUGAUGCUCUGCGUGUUUGCAAAGAAUAUGUACCGACAAUGGUCGCUACUUUGCAAAUGGAAUAUGAUCGCUACAUGCCAUCUCAAAAUUCUUCAAGAACUGAUAAUGCAUCUAAAGAAGCAUAUGUUGACUCCAAACAGAUUUUGACAAAGGCUUCAGAAUUUGCUCGGGCCGGUGAAUUUAGGAAAUCUGUAGAUACUUUAAUGUUACUAAAUGCACCAGCUGUAGAUACUGGCACCGUUGAGGCUGCUAUGCUUAGGGCUGCGGAUAUUUGCAAUCAAUUUUUACAAGGCAGAGAUGCCAUCGAAAUAGCUAUGAAACUGGGCCCAAGAUUACUGCAAUUGGAACAAUAUGGUCCAGCAGCGCAGCUAUAUCUUGGCGCAGAUAUGCCUCGAGAAGCAGUUGAUUGUUUCAUUGCGGCUGACGACUGGGGCAGAGCUAGGCGACUGGCUAAAGAGAUAGAUCCAACAAUGGCUCUUCUGGCACAUGUUGAUAAACAGCAGAAAAAUCAACUAAAAUCUGAAGGAAGAGCUGAUCAGCUGGCUGAUAUUGAUAUAAUAGGUGCUUUGGAUUUACUAUGCGAACAAGGCCAAUGGACGCGUUGCAUAGACAAAGCACGCCAACAUAGCCCGGAACUUCUUCACAAAUAUGUAGCACUUUAUGCCGCGCACCUUCUACGCCAAUCUGAUGAGAGUGAAGACGAACCAAGCGGUGCUCCAGCAGCCCUUACUCUCUAUACAGAAUAUGGGGUUCCAGAUCUUGCCCAAAAUUAUAAUGUAUAUGCCCGCAUCGCCACCGAAAUGUUUUCCAUGCGUGAAGAAAACGCUGGCAGACUUUGGCAAGAUCUAAGAAACAUGAUGUAUGACUUGACAGACAAAAUGCGUCUAUCAGGUGAAACACAAGGAGAGGCUUUUUCUAAGUUUGAACGAUUUCUACUAAUAGCACAUUACUAUGCAGUUCGUCACGCUUGCCGAUCAGUACCAGCCUUGUCUCUAAUAGGAACAAAAUUAUCACUUGCUCUUCUUCGACAUACUGAUAUCAUACCUGCUGAUAAAGGAUAUUAUGAAGCUGGUAUGGACUUACGGGCAAUCGGAAGAGAAUCUGAAGCAUUUGUUUUAUUGAACCAUUACUUAGAUUUGUGUGAAUCAAUCGAAGAAGGCGAAGGCUUAUUAGUUGACCAUUCUGACUUGACGUCCACCGAUUGGCCAAGUUCGAUACCUCUUCCAACGCAAUUGCAUUUGGCCAAAGAUGUAGCUCUACACGAUGAGGUUAGAGAAUGGAUAUUGGCUGUAAGCAUGGAUCAAAAAGUUGAUCAGGUGCUGCCUUUGGAUUCAAGGGGACUGUAUGAAUCAACCUUGACGUUGGGUGAUUCUCCAUGUAUUGUAUGUGGUUAUCCAGUGGGUGGCAAACAGCCGGUGACUUUUCAAAGAUCAUCUAAACUUGCCAAUCGUGAUGCUUGGAGCAAGAUAACAGUCGCCUCGAAAAUGGCGCCUAAUAGUAAGGUGCCGCAAGUGAUUAAAUUUAUUGAGAAGUGGUGCGGUACCGCAAACUACCUCGUAUAA